AUGGCCGUUACUCAGGACAAAUAUGUCUUUGGUAGAGACAAAAAGGAAUCAGAGCGGCUCGAUGCACAGCACAACUUGCUAUCGAAGGUGACCGAGAACACCCUGAUCCACCCAUCAAUUCCUAAAGAAAGCGUGCUUUCUGUUGCAGAUGUCGGGACUGGAACUGGCAUCUGGCUAAAGGAUGUUUCAAAAAUUUUGGAGAAAACAAACCCCAACUGUUACUACCAUGGAUUUGACAUCUCUGCGGAUCAAUUUCCGCAAAAUACAGGGAACCUCGAAUUUUCUGUCCAGGAUAUAACAUUGCCGUUUCCCCAAGGACAUUGGAGCCGGUAUGACGUGGUCCAUGUGAGACUACUUGUUGCUGCAAUCGCAGAGUCCGACUAUAAAACUGCAAUCUCGAAUCUUUCUGCCAUCUUGAAGCCCGGUGGGUUUCUUCAAUGGGAAGAAAUCGACGAGGAAACAUACAUAUCAGCCGACAACCCGGUAAUCUGGGAGAUUCGACGGUGCUUCGACUUUUCAUUGAGAGCCGAGGGUAAAUGUUUUGCUGCAUCGGCCAAGGUCUACGAGGAGUGUGCAGCAGCCGGUUUCCUGGAUGUUGUGCGGCUUCAUUAUCUCUCAAGCUGGGAUAGUGACCUCCGCCUUGACACAGAAAGCAGACUCGCAGCAAUCAUUGAAACGUUGUAUGCAAAUCUUUUGUUGCGGUCUGGGCAGGUUGCUGACAGAGAGACGGCGUCGAAACGGGCUGGGGAGUUGAUCGAGCAGCAUCGGAGUCUUUGUGCGGAUGGAAACUCCCCGCCUUUGAAACUGAUGAGAGUUGUUGCCCAGAAGCCACAUGAUCCACGCCAAUAA